AUGCCAGUCGACGACUACGGCGUUUGGAAGGGGGUGCCGGUUCAUUACGAGGUUGAAGACUCUAUUGAAGACCCAAAAUCCCCGCACUUAUCGUUAUACUACCAUGAAAAUAAAGGAACGGAGCCACAGUUUGACCGCAAGUAUCGUCAGAAACACAAAAACAAACCAAGAAACCAGAACAGACCGAAAGAAAUUCCUGGGCUCUUCCGCGCGGCGAUCAACAUCAAAUCCGGGAACAAGGUAGAAUCUCGACUUGUCUAUUGGGUGAAUUAUAACGUCGUCAAUCACCCGAUUGUUGAAAAGUUAGCCAACCUGGAUUUCGGCUUUCAUCCUCUCGAGGGUAUGGCUGGUGAAGGGAUAGACUAUAUCCGAAGUGAUCUCUUCGAUGCUAAGAGCGGUCGUGUUCUUCCUCAUGACAUUCCAGGCCCAAACAACGAUAUUAUUAAUGUCUUGGAGCCUGAAGUACAGCAAUCAAUUGAAAAGAAUGCAGAGGUUUACUUGUUCGGUUCCUGUUUCAGUACAAAAAACGGAAUUCACAAUGUGCAUAUGAAUCAGGGCAACGUAAAGAAUUUCCGUCAUGAUGAUGGAGUUUUCCAUGAUGGAGGUCUUCUCAUCCAUUAUAAAGACUCUGGAAAAUGGACUGGGAUUUUUCUCGCGUUUGCAUCACAAGCUGUGCACACCGAUGAUCGUAGCGGUCACGCUAUAUCACCAUUGACCUGGGGCGAAUUAUUACCCACAGAACACACAGAGAAUUCAGUAGCAAUCAAGGAGGCAUAUGUCAAAAAGGGAAAAUCAGUUACUCUCGCGAACCUUACAAACCACAAGGUAUCCCUGUCAUCGUGGCAAUUCCAUAAUUCAGCUGGUCAAGCCCAAGAGCUUCCUCGCGAUGCAGCCUUGAACUCCCUGGCUACCAGAGCCUUUGAAGUGCCUAAUUUACCUCUUUCUAACGAUGGUGACACUAUCACUCUUGUUGAUGAACAUGGGUUGAAGGUUGAUGGCGUGAGUUAUAACUCUCAGGAGGGAAAGAUGGAAGGUCGACCAAUUGUUUUUGCACAUUAG